UCAAAUGAUUCGUCUACUAGAUAGGAGUUUUUUUCUUUACUUUAGAGGGAAUCAGAGCAAUCAUAUUUUGUCAUUAUAUUUUGUCAUCAUAUUUUGUCAUUAUAUAUUUGGAAUCAGAGCAAUCAUUAUAUAUUAAUAUAUUAUACUAUUAAAACUGAAUUCUUAAAGUCUUAAAGAAAUUGCAUUUUUUCGUUACUUUAAAAUAUGGCAAGUUGCAAACCCAUUCCAUUAGCCUUCAAGGUCUUUGAAGCAAGCAAGGAUAUUAAUGAGAAUAAUCCCAUAAUAUUUUUGCAUGGUCUUGGCGCUGCCAAAGAACACUGGAAUGAUAUUCCACAGAAAGUAGCAGAGGCCACUCACAGAAGGGUAUAUGCAAUAGAUGCCAGAAACCAUGGCGACAGUGCUUGGACUGAUGAAUUCAAUUUUGAUCUAAAUGCAGUGGAUCUCAUGCAUUUUAUAGAUCAAAUUGCAGCAGAGAAAGUCACAAUUGUAGGACACAGCAUGGGAGGAGUAACUUGCAUGAAAACAGCUUUAAAAAUACCUUCCAAAGUGCAUAAAGUAAUUAUCGAGGAUAUAGGUAUUGUAAUUCCUAAAGACGUUUAUGGCUUUAUAAAGUUGAUUUUUUCAUUGUUCCAAGAAGCACUUUCGAACAUGCAAGCAGGUUCUACGAAUAAAGACACUUCGAAGUUCUUUGAUUUUGUGUAUGAACGAAUUCCUGAUGAAAUAAAACCUUUAAUUAAAAGAUCAGACGAGCAUUUCAAACAAUUCAUGAAGCAAAAUCCUGAUGGUAGUGUUAAUUUUAGAGCAAAUUUCAAAGGAAUAAGCAAAACUUUAGAAAGUGAAGAUACUCUUGUGUCAGAGUAUGAAGGAGUCUAUAAAGGGCCUACGUGUUUCAUUUGCGGAGAGAAAUCUAUGUUUCCAGUGAAACAAGAUGCAGAAAAUAUUAAGAAGUUUUUUCCAAAUGCCCAGUUUAUCAGCAUUAAAGGUACAACUCAUGACGUACAUACUGAAGAGCCACAGCUUUAUCUUGACACCCUGUUGAAAUUCUUAAAGGAAUAAAUACUGUUAAUUUAUUAGAUAAUUAUUGAAAUUAAAUUGUGCCUCUACAGAAUUAUACAAAAGAAGAUGACUGUUAUUGUAUUAAAAAUAUAUAUAGCAAGUGUAAGGCUUAAUACGUAACGUGUCAAAUUAUGAAUUACUUCCAUAUAAAUUAUUCAAAUAUCGUAAA